GGAAGCCAAUGCGAUGGGUGGGGGCCGAAAUCCUAACGCAGAUGUCCUAUUUGGCGGCGGCACUAUUGGCGAUGCCAGAUACUUUGCUCAAGAUUUGAUGAAGGCACAAAGCUCCAACCUCGCGGAAUUGUUCGAAAAACCCGACUUGCAGACUCAGCAACGCGUAUUUCAUUUGAAACACGAGCUUUUGACGAAGUUGGAGGAUCAGAACGUUGCCUCGGACUAUGACUCAGACGAAACAGUCGAGGACGAAGAAGAAGAAGACUUCAAAAUCAAACUAAAAGGCGGCAGCAACAACAAGAAGUUAUUCGCGGACUCCUUGCCUGUUCUGGGCCACGGAGCAGGGGAUGGGAAUGUAGAAACGUCGAAUCCGCGUCCUGUCUUGGUCACUGACAGCCAGAAAAGCACUGGGUCGGCCAGAAGUAGAGAAGAACCGAAGGUCGAUCUUCGUUCCCUGUUCCGCGAUGUCCGACACCCCUACAAGGGUCGCAUCGACUGCUUCGAUUACGAACUGAGACAAAAAACGUGG